AUGGCGGCCUCGACGCCAGCACCGCCGGCGCUCGCGCCGCCUACUCCUCCUCCUCUGCCGUCCUCCAGACCACUAGCCACAAGACGCCGCCCUCGCGUCCGCCUCCGCCUUGCCGCCAGAAGGGAGAGGCAGCGUGGCGGCGGCGGGGGCGGGGCCAAGGCCCGCUUGUGUGGCCUCGUCCGCCGCGGCGAACUCGACGAGGCCGUCCGCCUCGCGGCGUCCAUGCCCGGCACUCCCGACGUCGUCACCGGCAGCGUCCUCAUCAAGAAGCUCUGCGCGGACCGCCGCGUCGCCGAGGCGGAGCGCGUGCUCGACGCCCUCAGCGCCGGGGGCACCGCCGACGUCGUCGCCUACAGCACCCUCGUCAACGGCUACUGCCGCGCGGGGCGCAUCGAAGACGCGCGGCGCGUCAUCGCGUCCAUGCCCCUGGCGCCCAACUCCUUCACCUACAACCCGCUCAUCCGCGCCUACUGUGUCCGCGGCCGGAUGGACGACGCGCUCGUGGUGCUCGACGAUAUGCUCCACCGGGGCUGCUCCCCCGACGUGGUCACCUACACCAUCCUCCUCGAGGCUACGUGCAAGAAGAGUGGUUACGGGCAGGCCAUGGACCUCCUCGACGAGAUGCGUGCCAAGGGAUGUGCACCGAACAUUGUGACAUACAAUGUCCUCAUCAACGCCAUGUGCAAUCAGGGCCAUGUCGAUGAGGCUAUCGAGCUCCUGAACACCCUACCUUCCUGUGGAUGCAAACCCAAUAGCAUUAGCUAUAGCACUCUGUUGAAGGGUUUGUGUAGCGCCAAGAGAUGGCAGGAUGCUGAGUGCAUUGUAGCCCAAAUGGCUCAAAAUGAUUGCCCUCCAGAUGAAUUCACCUACAGUAUCCUUUUGGAAGGAAUCUGUGAAAGGAGCGGCUACAAGAGUGCAUUGAAGCACCUUGAAAAAAUGCGUGUCGAGGGAUGCACACCGAACAUUUUCACAUACAAUGUGCUCAUCAAUGCCAUGUGCAAAGAGGAGCACAUUGAUGAUGCCAUUGAUCUAUUCAAUGCUUUACCCUCAUAUGGUUGCAAGCCUGAUGCUGUUAGCUACACCACUGUGUUGAAGGGUUUAUUGACUGCUGGGCAGUGGGAGGAGGCUGAGGAGCUCAUGGCUGAGAUGGUCCAGAAGGGCUGCCCACCAAAUGUGGUAACAUUUACUACUCUCAUUAGCUACCUGUGUCAGAAAGGAUUGGUUGAUCUUGCGGUUAAAGUUCUUGAGCAAAUGCCAGAGCAUGGAUGCAUGCCAAAUACUGUCACAUACAAUUGUAUAAUAGAUGGGUUGUGCAAAGAAAGGCGCAUUGAUAAUGCCAUGAAAUUAUUAAAUAGUAUGCAAUCUGGUGACUGCAAACCUGAUAUUGUUACAUAUAAUACCAUAUUGAAGGGUUUAUGUAUCAUUGAGCAGUGGGAGGAUGCUAAGGAGAUAAUGACAGAGAUGGUUCGUGACAAUUGUCCACCAAAUGAAGUGACAUUCAACACAAUAAUAAAUUUUUUAUGCCAAAAGGGAUUGCUUGAGGGGAUUAUCGAAUUUCUUCAACAAAUGUUGGAAUAUGGUUGCACACCAAACUCUGUGACGUACACCACUAUGAUCAAUGGCUUCUGCAAUACAGGAGCUAAUCGAUUGUACCAGAAUGGCCAACCACCCAAAGCUCUGACUCCUCAUGUACUCGUCAGUUCCUUGUGCAAAAAAGGAUUGCUUAUACAAGCAAUUGAAAUUCUGAGGCUAAUGCCUGAGAAAGGUUAUGUUCCAAACUUACUUACUUAUAACAUAGUAAUUGGAGGGCUCUCCAAGGCUGGUAGGAUGCAAGAAGCCCUUGAUAUGUUGGAUGAAAUGAAAAGGUUUUGUGUUCCUGAGGUGUUUACUUACAGCAAAAUAAUUGCAUCUCUUUCAAAGGCUGGAAAAAUGGAGGAAGCUCUAGAUUUGUUGAAUGAUAUAGUAUUGAAAGGCCUCAUUCCUGAUACAGUUACAUAUCAAUCUUUAGCUUUAGGUGUCUGUAGAGAGAAUAGUAUCGUAAAGGCUGUCAGAAUGUUCCACAGAAUGGAAGAUAUGGGUGUAUCACCUAACAGUAUGUUUUACAAUGCUGUGCUACUUGGGCUGUGUAAAAACCAGAAGACAGACCAUGCUAUUGACCUUUUAGCUUAUAUGGUGGGAAGCAACUGCAUGCCUGAUGAAUCAACUUAUGUUAUCCUUGUUGAAGGUCUGGCUCGAGAGGGCUUUCUUGAGGAAGCAAAAGAACUAAUAAACAAGCUUGGCUGUAAAGGAGUUUUAAAUAAGAGCUUCAUGGAGGAAGUAAGACAGUUAUCUUGAUUCAAUGUAUAUUUGUUCUGGUAAAGGGUUCAGCUAUGGGGUAUUUCCUUGUACUAGCCCAAGUGACAAGUGCUGUUGAUUACGCUUCAUUAAUCCUAAGUCACAUGAGCCGUUCUUACCUUUUGGAUGAUUGGAUGAAAUAUGGGAGGCGGUGAUUAUUCGUCUCGUCGGUCGAAGCUGUUAGAAAGCACGAGUCUUGAUCUUGCAGAAUGUUGGCCCUGUGACCUGAUCUGAUAGCAGUGUAUGCUAUUAACAAGCUGAACCAGCCUGCAAGGCCACUUACAUUGUGCCCUUCACAAAUUGUCCUGCCAACUACACUGACUGCCUUUGUUUCAUGCUGAACUGGAGUCUUACAUGGAUACUGUGACAAUGCAAGUGGACAGUUACACCUUGAUUGCAGCUAGGGAUGGCACAACUCUAGUUUAACUAAAUAAAUUAAAUUUUAUUUUACGGUGAAACUUAGUUUAUUUUGUUAAGCUAGAGUUGACCCUAGCUUACCCGCGGGGUAGACCCAUACCCAUCCCUAAUUGCAAAAAGGGAAUCCAAGAGCAUUCACGUUGCAAUGACUAGGAUUAUAAAAUUAAAUAAGUUGUCACAUACUCAUUAUUUAAUAUAAUGGGAUAAGUAAGUAAAAAAAAUAUUUUUUGCAUGAGACAUGAUUUCUACACAAUACUCAAAACAUAA